GUGGGAGGCAUCUUUGCCCAAGGCAGGAGAGACUGGGACUUAAUGAUCUUUAAGACUAAAACUGGUAUUGCAUUGUUGUAUGAUGAAGUAUCUGAAAAUGCUUAUGACAUCCGACUGAAGCUUACAAAAGAGGUAUUAACAAUUCAAAAACAAGAUGUCGUCUGUGUUAGUGGAAGUGAUCACAGUGCAAAUCACAGAACUGUUACACUUCGUAGACAACCAGUUGGUGGCUUGGGCUUAAGCAUAAAGGGUGGUGCUGAGCACAAAGUGCCUGUCGUCAUAUCAAAAAUAUUUAAAGACCAAGCAGCUGAACAAACAGGAAUGUUAUUUAUAGGAGAUGCAAUAAUACAGGUUAAUGGUAUAAAUGUAGAAAGUGCUACCCAUGAAGAAGUGGUACACCUACUGCGAAAUGCUGGCGAUGAAGUUACCAUCACCGUUCAGUACCUCAGGGAAGCUCCAUCAUUUUUAAAGCUCCCAUUAGGUUCCCCAGGACCAUCCAGUGAUCAUAGCAGUGGAGCUUCAUCACCUCUCUUUGACAGUGGCUUACAUUUAAAUGGAAACUCAACUAACACGGCCCCAUCAUCACCUUCUUCACCCAUAGCUAAUGAACCAAAAUAUGAGAAGCGCUGGCUAGACACCUUAUCAGUUCCUUUGUCGAUGGCUCGAAUCUCGAGGUACAAAACUGGAACAGAUAAAUUAAGAUCUAAUGCAUUUGAAGUGCUGGCACUCGAUGGAGUUGGUACUGGGAUACUUCAGUUUUAUACAGCCCAGGAGAGUGCUGACUGGCUGAGAGCAAUGUCAACUAACAUCAGUGAUUUGACACUUCAAAAUAUGAAAAUGGCAAAUAAAUGCUGUUCUCCCUCAGACCAGGUCAUACAUAUGGGAUGGGUAAAUGAGAGACUUGAAGGAACUGAUUCAUCUCAACUCUACAAAUUCAAGUUUCUGGCACUGAAGGGUUCGUCCUUCUAUAUUUUCAGCACUCCACCGGUAAGCACACUAGACUGGGUACGAGCUGAAAAAAUCUAUAACCUCUGUGAGGUUCUAUUUAAAAUUCACAAGCUCUGGCUUGCUGAUGAUUGCUGGCUACAAGCAAACAUGUAUUUAGGUAUUCAUCAGGACUUUGAUCUUGAAGACCAGAGGCUGUAUUGUUUCAGUGUUAUGGCUGGACAUGGCAAGAGUCAUUAUUUCAAUGUAGAACUGGGCAGUGAAUUGGCAGUGUGGGAGAAAUCAUUUCAAAGAGCAAUUUUCUUGGAAGUUCAAAGAACCGGGUCUAAAACAUAUAUGUGUAGUUGGCAAGGGGAUACUCUGUGUUUCACAAUCGACUUUGCUCUAGGAUUUACCUGUUUUGACAGUAAAACAAAGAAUGUGCUGUGGAGGUUUAAAUUCUCUCAACUCAAAGGCUCUUCAGAUGAUGGAAAAACAAAAGUAAAGCUGCUUUUUCAGAAUCUAGACACCAAACAAAUUGAGACAAAGGAACUUGAAUUUCAGGAUCUGACGGCAGUUUUACACUGUAUUCACUCCUUUAUAGCAGCAAAGGUGGCAUCUGUGGAUCCAUUAUUCAUAGACAGUCAGAGUAUUGCAAGAAAAUAUAUGUACAGUAACUGAUACUAGAUUAUAUGUUGUGACUAUGGAAAAUAAAUUAUUUUCUUAAAAAA